ACAGCUGCGGUGUGUUACGGGGCGAGUGCGAGGAUCCAGAUUCGGAGAAACCCAAGCAGCAGAGGACCCGGAGGAAACCGCGCGUCCUCUUCUCCCAGGCUCAGGUGUUCGAGCUGGAGCGGCGCUUCAAGCAGCAGCGUUACCUGUCCGCCCCGGAGAGAGAGCACCUGGCCAGCUCCCUGAAGCUCACCUCCACCCAGGUCAAGAUCUGGUUCCAGAACCGGAGGUACAAAUGCAAGAGGCAGCGGCAGGACAAGACUCUGGAGAUGGCAGGUCACCACCACCACCACCAUCACCCACCACCGCCGCCCAGGAGGGUGGCUGUGCCGGUGUUGGUCCGGGACGGGAGGCCUUGUCUCAGCGGAUCCCAGAACUUUAACACGUCCUACACAGUGGGAGCUCCAAACCCGUACAGCUACAGCUACCCAGCCUACAGCUACAACAGCUCGGUGUACACGAACACUUACUCCUGUACUUACUCUAGUUUACCUGCUCUGCCGCCCAGCAACACCACUGCCAAUGCUUUUAUGAACAUGAAUUUGGGAAACCUUGGCUCACAGACGCAGAGCCAGGCUCCCCAAGGACCAGUCGUCACACCCUGUCAAGGAACUCUGCAGGGCAUACGGGCAUGGUAGCGCAGUGUCUGUGCGCAACCACAACUGGGAUAGACUCCUCUGGGAUGGCUGAAUUGACUUAUGCACCCAAAUCCAAUCAACUGAUGCAAGGAAAGCACAAUUCACAAGUGUAACGCGUUACACAAAGUACAGACAGUGAGGGAACCCUGACCCCACAGACGGAGAGACAGAAUAUGCGCCUCUUUCUCUGAGCCAAAGUAGAAAAGACGUUUUGAAACCUGCUGUUGAAUAUUUGAUUGUGUUGAAUGUUGUCGUUGAACAAAGACUGUACGUUUGCUGCCUGUUGUGGUUCAAAACGUCGAAAUUUUUAUAAAAACAUGUUUGCUGCACACAAUAAUCAGACUGGACUCAUUGAAUUUAAACUCCAAAAUGCAUCGGAAUGAUCAACAUGGACCAUAACAAUGCAGUCUUACAAAGUAUUAUGUUUUCUUUGUGACAGUGUGAUGUGUUUUGUCAUGAAAAUGAUCAGUGAUUAUGAAAUUAAAUGAUGAAUUGACAA